GGAGCAUUAACGGGUCCUUUGAAGUGAAACCUGAUGUGUGCCUCCGUGUGGUUUGAACAAACAGUGGAAGAAAAAAUGGACCAAAGAAUUGACAGGCAGUUUUCUUUUUUUUUUCUGGAAUCCGCCCAAUUUCAAAGCUGCUGUGGCUCCUUUCGUUCAUUCCUUUUAAACAUCAUUCCCCCGAUUUAUGUGAGCGGGCAUCCUUUCUAGGUGUUUUAGGGACGCUGCCUUUGACAAGAUAGAAACAGUUGUCAGGAACGUUCAAGAAAUGGGGGCCUAUUACGCACUCCAUAAAGAUUCAUCCUUAUUCGUCUGAAGCGACGUGAAUAAUGCCAUGGAAAUUGGUGCAUUCCACAGUACCACUUAUAUGUACAUUGAUUCAAGAUUGAAAAAGAGUAACUGGACGAAUGACCUCUGACCUCCAAGAUGGCGGAUGACACGGAAUAUCUGAAGUUACCGGUGGAAGAACAGUGCGUCCACAAGGUAUGGAAAGCCCGGUUGCACGGUUACGAGGAGGCAGUCAAAGUCUUCAACCGUAUCACAGACGAGAAGAGCCCCGAGUUUUCCAAGUACGCCGGCCUGCUCAAGAAAUUUGUGACGGACGCCAACGCGGUGGCCCAGGAGAAGGGCUUGGACGCCGUGCUGGCGUUUCUGGAGACGGCGGCCCUGGCACCAAGGACGUGCGGAGAGGUGGUUUCGGCGGUGGUGCUUAAGUGCCUCAACUCCUCGAGGACGAAGACCCGAGAGAAAGCAUCGGAGAUCAUCAUGGUGUACAUUGAACUGGAGAAGCAGGAAGUAGUCAUGGAGGAGCUGCUCAAAGGCUUCACCAACAAACAGCCCAAGAUCGUGACGGCCUGCUGCCAGCUGAUCCGCGAGGCCAUCCGGGACUUUGGCUCCAAGGUGAUCGCCCUCAAGCCGGUGGUCAAGGCCUUCCCCAAGCUGCUGGAGCAUAGCGACAAGUCGGUCCGGGAGGAGGCCAAGAGUCUGGCUGUGGAGCUGUACCGCUGGAUCAGCAAUGCCCUGAAGCCCUGUCUGUCCAACAUCAAGCCUGUGCAGCUGAAGGAAUUGGAGGAGGAAUUUGAGAAGCUUCCCAGCAAGCCCCCCAAGCAAACGCGCUUCUUGAAAUCCCAGCAGGACCUCAAGGCCGCAGCACAGGCAGCCGGGGACGAGGACGAAGAAGAGGAGGACGAGGAGGAUGUAGUUGAUGGGGGGCCGGCCGUCGAUCCCUACGAUCUCCUGACGGCAGUGGACAUCCUGAGCAAGAUGCCCAAGGACUUCUACGACAAUAUGGAGGAGAAGAAAUGGCAGAUCCGCAAGGAGGCCCUCGAGGCCCUGCUUCCCCUGGUCUCCAAUCCAAAGAUCGAGCCGGGCGACUUUGCUGAUCUGGUGCGGUCACUAAAAAAGACCAUUGCCAAGGACACCAACGUCAUGAUUGUAGCCCUGGCUGCCAAGUGCCUGACGGGUUUAGCCAACGGCAUCAGAAAGAAGUUCUCUCCCUACGCAGCAAGUUGCAUGUCCACGAUACUGGACAAGUUCAAGGAGAAGAAGAUUAGUGUGGUGACGGCCCUGAGAGAUGCAUCCGACGCCAUCUUUCCAUCUACGUCACUGCAGAACAUCCUAGACGACGUCACAGGAGCCUUGGAGAACAAGAACCCUUCCAUCCGGGCGGAGACUGCCCUCUUCCUCAGCAGGGCCCUCCGAAUCUGCACCGUGUCCAUGCUGCCCAAGGCCGUGCUCAAACCUCUCUGCACACUCCUCGUCAAGAAACUUGCUGACACAUUUCCUGAGGUUCGAGAUGGUGCCUCCCUCGCGCUGGCUACAGCCCAGAAAGUUGUGGGAGAGAAACCCAUGCAGCCCUUCUUCAACGACCUGGACAAGAUCAAAAUAGACAAGAUCAAUGAAUGUGGGGAGAAGGUUGAACUGAACAACGGCACCGCCCCCAAGAAGGCCAGCAAGCCCAAGGCGGAGAAGAAGCCGGAGCCCAAGAAGAAAGAGGAGCCCGCCAAGGCCCCUGCUGCCAAGAAAGCUGGCGCCAGACCCAAGUCUGCCAGCGCAAAGUCAGAUGCUGCCAAGCCAGGCGCAAAGAAAGGGGCCAAGAAGAAGGCAUUACCUAGCGACGGUGCCAGAGAAAUGGAGUCCGAGCCGCUGCUCUCGGAGGAAGAUGUUCUGGAGAGAGCGACGGCGGUCUUGUCUGCUCCCGUCAUACAGCAGCUGGAGAGCGCAAACUGGAAAGAGAGACUAGCAGCUAUGGAGGAGUUCACGACGAAAGUUCACAACAUGGACAAAGAGAGCAUCAAUACGCAAGUGCUGAUCCGAAUCAUGUGCAGAAAACCAGGUUGGAAGGAAGCCAAUUUUCAGGUGCUGAAUUCCAAAGUCAGUAUGGUGGGCAUCCUGGCCGAGAAGGCGCGCUUCUCCCGCCGGACAGCCAGCUGCGUCAUCGGGGGCCUGGUGGACAAGAUCGGCGACAUCAAAUCGGGGGCAAAGGUCAGGGAGUCCAUGACGGCAGUAGCCGAGGCCACACAACUGGGAUACAUCGCCGAUGAGAUGGUGAGUUACGCCUUCAAUGAGCAGAAGAACCCCAAGAACCAGGCUGAGACGCUCAACUGGCUGUCACAGGCAAUCCAAGAAUUUGGUUUCACCACAUUGAACGUGAAGCCACUGAUCCCGUUCAUCAAGAAGGCCUUGGCGGCCGUCAACCCCCAGGUCCGGACUGCGGCCAUCUCAUUGAUAGGGGUCAUGUAUAUGUACAUGGGCGGGGUGCUGCGCUCCCUGUUUGAGAGCGAGAAGGCCGCGUUGCUGGCACAGAUCGAUGCCGAGUUUGAGAAGGUGGCGGGCAACCAGCCACCAGCCCCCUUCAGGGGUAUCAAGUCCAAGGUGCCGGGCUCCGGUAACGCGAUGGAAGACGAAGAGGAAGAUGAGGGUGCGGAGGAGGAAGCGGGUGGGGCCGGAGCCGGCGGAAUGAACCUGGCAGACCUCGUCCCCAGGACGGACAUCUCAGGACAGAUCACCCCGGCACUGAUCGAGGAGCUUGCUGACUCCAAAUGGAAGAUCAGAGGAGAGGCUCUUGAAAAGGUCACAACAAUUCUAGCAGAGGCGAAGCACAUCACGCCAAACUUGGGUGAGCUGGCCGGAGCGCUGAAGGCGAGACUGGGAGACUCCAACAAAUUACUGCAAACCACCACAGCCAAUAUCUGUGCGACAAUAGCCAGCGCCAUGGGUCCCCCAGUCAAAGCAUACGUCACACGGCUAGCACCCGGACUCUUCCUUCUGACAGCUGAUAUGAAGCCGACUGUGAGGGCAGCAGCCAUUGCAGCACUGAACGCAUUCGAGGAGCACGUUGGUCUGGCUCCAUUCAUUGAAGACGAGAUCCUGAGCACGGCGCUGAAUGUGGACAAGCCAUUCCUGAGAAUGGAGAUCUUCGGCUUUCUGGCAGAGAAGCUGGCCAAGUACCGCACCCUGCCCUCCGACCUGGCCCUCUCCGUGCCCGUUCUCUUUGCCGCCUUGGAGGACCGGAAUGGUGAUGUCCGCAAGCAGGCCCAGGCCGCCCUGCCGCUCUUCAUGAUGCACCUGGACUACAACAAGAUGGUCAAGAUGACCGGCAAGCUCAAGCCAUCUUCCAAGACAAACGUGUGCGCCAUCAUGGAGAAACAGAGACCAAAUAUCCCUGAGAAGCCCGGGAAACCUGCCGGCGCCGGAAAAGCCAGCAAGAAGAAGAAGCAGGCCAUUGAGGAGGCCUCUCCAAUAUCGGAGGAGGAAGUGGAGAAACCGGCGGCGAAGGGGAAACGACCAAAGAGUGCGCCGGCUAAGCCCGACACGAGCUCGGUCAGUAGUUCAGCCUCCUCCACCAGCGAACCAGUCGCCAACAAUGCCCCCAGUGCCCCUAGCACUGGAGCAAAGAAAGGCAAACAGCCGGCCCCGGCGGCUGCCAAGGGAAAGAGUGGCAAGACGACCAAGCGAGGCAAGGGAGACGAGGAGGAAACAGGGCCAGCGCUGAUCAUGAACAACGGCAAAGACAAGCGAAUCAAAGAUGAACAAGACCUCAAGGUGCUCAAGUGGAAUUUCACCACGCCCAGGGCGGAGUACAUCGACCAACUCAAGGACCAGAUGCAGGCCUGCGUCAGCAAGUCCAUGAUAGCGCAGCUCUUCCACAGUGACUUCAAGUACCACAUACAGGCCCUCAGCACUCUCACGGAGAAUCUGGACAUCUACAAGGAUGCCACCAUGGCUUCCCUGGACGUGCUGCUCAAGUACCUGACCAUUCGGUUCUUUGACACCAACACCAGCAUCAUCAUGAAGGUGCUGCAGUACCUCAAGGCCGUCUUCACCUACAUGGCGGAGGAAGACCUCAGCCUGCGGGAGCACGAGGCCUCCUCCUUCAUUCCGUACCUCAUCUCAAAGGUUGGUGACAACAAAGAAAACAUCCGCAAGGACGUGCGGGCGGUCAUGCGACUCCUCACCAAAGUCUAUCCAUCCAGCAAGAUGUUCGGGUUCAUCAUGGACGGACUCAAGUCCAAGAACUCCCGACAGAGAACAGAGUGUCUUGAGGAACUGGGCUGCCUCAUCGAGCUCUAUGGCAUCAACGUCUGCCAGCCCUCGCCCCCCAAGGCCGUCAAGGAGAUCGCCGGCCAGAUUGGUGACCGGGACAACAGCGUGCGCUCGGCUGCUCUCAACACGCUUGUCCAGGCCUACCAGACGGUGGGAGAGGACAUCUACAAGUUUGUUGGCAAUUUGAGCGACAAGGACAUGGGCAUGUUAGAGGAACGCAUCAAGCGCUCUGCUAAGAAGAACCCCUCUGCCCCAGCCCCCAAGGCAACCCCAGCUUCCGCCCAGCAGAAGGAGGACAGGAGCUCCCGAGCCGACCCAAAGAAGUCUGGACUCCCCCCCGGAUGGAGGGAUCAGUACAGGAACCCGACCAAAUCCCAGCGGCCAGGCACGGCACCUUCAGGCGUCCGUAACGGCCCCACCAGCAACUACCCCAAGACAUUCUCACUGGACCUAGACAAGCUGGGCCUGGAGCGGAGCGAGAGCGAGCCCGAGAUGCCCAAGCUGCACGACACCAACGUGGACGAGAUACUGGCCGAGCCCAUCGUCAUGCCCAAGAGAAGGCUUCAGAAGUCCCCCCUGCCCAACAUCAUGCAGCUUAAUUUCAUGAUCUCCCAGGUUGCCAGCAACGACCUCUCAGUCAGCAUCAAAUCUUUAGCAAAGCUCGACGAAGUCCUGAAGGAGCCGGAGCGCAACAAGAUCUUGAAGGACCACGUGGACCAGCUACUGGUGGCCACGUCCUUACAGCUGCGCAUGGCCUUCAGCAAGCACAUGGGGGAUGUUGCCUCAUCCAAGGAGGUGGUCCUGAUGUGCCGCUGCAUGGUGGCCCUCCUCAUGUCGUUAUUCCACAGUAGACCCCUGGCCCAGGAAGCCUCCAAGGAUGUGCUGUGUGAUCUCCUGAACGGCCUGAUCACGGUGCUGCUUGAUGACCGCCUCAUGGCCUUCGAAGGAGGCCCUCAAGUGAUGAGGUCUGUCAACGUUCUGCUUGUAAAGGUUGUGGAGAACGCCGAUCACAGUAACACAAUGGGUGCCCUGAUCAAACUGUUGCAAGACUGUGCAGCCCGUGAAAGCAGCGCCCCGAAGUUUGUUCAACUCGUAAUGAAGUGCCUGUGGCGCAUGGUCCGCAUGAUGCCCAACAUCAUUGAGACGCUGAAGGUGGACCGAGUCCUGCUGGACCUGCACCAGUUCCUCAAGGCGUUCCCCUCCCACAGCUGGCGGGAAAGGGCAAGUGACACCCCGCUGCGCACCAUCAAGACCAUCCUGCACUCCAUGGCCAAGAUCCUCGGAGACAAGAUUUUGAGCUACCAAACCCUGAUCACGGAUCCCGAGAACUCUGAGAUGGACGGCUACCUGAAGAGGGUGCUCAAGAGCAACAGAUUAUCCCAGGGAAGCUUGUCGUCGGAGCCUGUCAAUGGAUCGGCUGAGCCAGAGAGAGUGAACGUGCAGAACGGGGCCAAGAUGUCUCCCCGGAGGGCACCAACGAGAACCAACGACAUCCUGGCCGAGAUCUUCAAGAAAGUCGGCUCCAAGGAGAACACGAGAGAGGGUUUGGCCGAGUUGUACGACUUCAAGCAGAAGUACCCUGAGGUGGACAUUGACCCCUUCCUCAAGAAGACAUCCCAGAUAUUCCAAAGCUACAUCGAGCGCGGCCUGAAGAGCAUCGCCGUGGAGAGACGGGAGAAGGGCCUUGUUACUGCACCGACGGUUCCCAAGCCGCAGAGCAGGGAGGAAACUGAGGAGACAAGUCCUGCCACAUCACCGUCCGAAGAUGAGAUUACCUCCGCGAAUGUCCUUAGAGAACGCAUCAAGGUCCUCAGAGCGCGGUGUGGCUUGGACAACGGGCCGGACGUCCCCGAGAGUCAGUUGCUGGGUGCAGACAAGACCGAGGCAACCUCCCGGAGCAGUGUGGAUGACUCACUGCUUCACUCUGAGCAUCACUCAUCCCACCACCAUCAAACUAACGAGCGUACAGGAAGGCAUCUGUAUAACCCAGAAAGAAUCUCACUGGGUUCCAGUUCGUCAUCGGUGCCAGCAAAUCCCACCCCGUCGAUGUCUGACACAAAUGUGGAGGACUUGAAAAAGAGAUUGCAGCGCAUCAAGAGCUCCCUGAACAAGUAGUGAGACUGAGGGAAGAUUAAAAGGAGUUGCUAUGGUUACCAUAGCAACAGAACGUGACAAAGUUGUAGUGCCGGCACACAGCGAAACGAGGAAUGAUGUCAUUGCGGCUUGUGAAGCGACCGGCUCAUUUGUGUUUGAUGAGUCAUAUUUGUUAAAGCCUUUCCCCCCAGAGCAAGCUUUCAGAUACAAGCAUGGUGUUCUGGCGAGGUGUGGCAGUAUGAAUCUAGUUCCCCACGGUGAGGAUGUGGCACAGAUCGCAAAAGAAAAAUUUCAUCAUGGUGCGUGCUGAGAGAGAACCCAUGAGGGUAAAAGGGUCUGGCAUUGCGCAUGGGAAAAAAAAAAGAUGAAAUAUCCUGAAACGCAGACAUGUUGUCAUAAGUGGGGGAAACUGGCUUUUCAAACCAAAUAAGGCAACAAUUCUGAAAGAAUUAAAAAUACGGAUACGCUUGAAAAUCUGUGAAAAAUUAUGUAUAACUGGAGGUCUUUCACUGCUUGGAGCUAUUUUCUUGACAGAUUUGAAUUCUGUAGCCCCCUUUUCUAUUUCUUCCCCCCCAUUCAUGCAUGUAUUCAAAUAUUCGCCUUAUUUUUUCCUCCAUAGAUGUAUUAACAGAUUACAUGUAUGAUCAUUACAUCAUUCACUGUCUUGUCAUUGCCUAUGCAGUUUGGGUAGAUACAUGAAUAUUCAUGCAAAGGUUGUCGCAUAUGAACUUUCCAUUGGUCGUCAGGACACGGGUUCGAUUUCAGUUGGUGGUGGGUCAUUACUUAUGCAAAUUAAAAGCAUGAAUUUGGGGGAGUUGAGUGUAUGUUUCUUUGAUUUGGAUCGGUUGCCUACUUACCAGGUGUUUUUCUUAUGCAGAUUUGUUAUUUGAAUCUUUGUAAUCCUUACAAUGCAUUUUAAUAUUUUUGUUUUCUUAAGGAGCACCCUUGUCAGUCUUUAUCCAUAAUAAAUAAUGUGCAUUGUGAGCCAUUCAAAAUGCUCCCCCCCCCUCGCUAGACAGUGAAUUGUGCAUUUUCCCUGCUACAGGUUGUAGUUGUGCACGACCCCCCAUUCCAAUCCCCCCACUUCCCAAAAUUGCUAUUCACAGCUCUAAUACUGUACAGAGUUAAUCUUAAGGUUAUUGUACAUGACUUCUGUUUUGCCAAAUCGAUUUGCCUUACGUGAACUUAAGAUUGGCCUUUUGUAACAAGUGAAUUGCUUUGACUGACGAAAACUUUAACCUGCCCGGUUUCAGCACAGAAGAUGUAAAUACCGAUUCGGCAACUGUUGAAAACUUUACCCUGCCCGGCUCUGGUACAGAAGAUAUCAAAACAUAUUCGGACCCACCGUCUGCUUUUCUUCUGGCAUUUGUGCCAGCAGUAAAAGUGAACAAAUAGCCUAAUUUGGACAGUUUAUAAAGACUUACCAGGGCUUUUAACCUUGUAAUGCCCCUUUAUGCAUUUAUGUCACAUUGAUUAAGACCUCAGAUGGGGUAAAGUGUCAAAUGAAUGGCUGUGUAACUGCUUCAUAAUGCAGUCUUAAAAGUAUUAACUGUCAAGCUUUUUUUUUUUAGUUGUAACCCCCUCCUCUGAUUACAAAUACCAUAUUUUCUAAUCGUUUACUGGCUAUAAGGCCCCGAAGUGUCCGAAUCUAAGUGUUUUGGUUAGGAGCUGAGUUGUGUAUAGAGACAGUAGUACUAACUUCAGUCUUUGGAACCAAAAUGACCGUUCAUUAUGUGUGCAGCACAGCAUGCAGCUAUUGUUGCUAAUUGUCCAUGUGCACUGAUGCAUUAUUCACCAUUUUGGUUCCAACAGUUGAGAACCCCUUGUCGCAACUCUCUCUAUAAACAGCACUGGCCUAUGGAAAAUGAGUUCAGUCGCUGACUAGUGGCUUCUGUAGUUCUGUGUGCUGAUUUCAGCCGCAGCUACAACUCUGGGACCGUCCAGUCUCUCACGUGUACCUGUUUGUGGCCGUGCGCAACAAUGGCCAUCAGGUUGAGUUCGGCUGUCGUUAGAGGCAUCGCUAUAAAUUCAGCCAAUCACUUCCCCUCGCCUAUAGGUAAAGACAGGGCUCUCGCAUGCCCCUCAGUGUCCUUAGAAGAAACCUGUUACGUAUCUCUUGCCUUGUGUGCUUGUGACAACUGGACAUUUAUGGGUGCUGGGUGUGCUUGCAUCAUGUGAUAUAAUUCAGCCAAUCAGCGGUCUUGCUCUGCUUUUUGUUUCUGUGUGCAUUGUGUUACAUAACCCUAACGUUUGGGAAUAAAUGUUACCCAGUAUUGGAGUUAGGUCAUAAUUGUACAUAUAUAUCUAAAAUUAUCCCAACCUCGUUUGGCAAUAGCCUAGCAAGUAUGUAUUUAAAAUUACUCUGUACCCUGUAUCAAAAAACAACAAAGUGUACAUAAUAUCAAGGGUAAUAUGAAAAUUAACACGUUGCUGUGAUUUUGUCAAGUCGAUGUAAAUUAUACGACUAUUAAACUUUCAAAAGCUACUCGCUGCUUGGACCAAUGGCAA